AUGUAUGCUAAUAUUAAAGAUAAUGCGCUUCUUCUCGUCCCAAACGCGAUUUUGUGUGAGGUAUGGGUUUCAACUAAUAAAGACGACCGUCAAAGUUCUAUUAAAUUAAAAUUGGAACAAAUAUUAAAAAUAGAAGAUUACACGGAUGAUGUCGCCAAAAUUUUGAACGAAAAAAGUCAUUUUUUUUGUUUAAAUGUGGAAAGGCUUUGGAAAAACUGCUCUAGGAACAUUAAUCUAUUUAAAAGAAAACAUCGGACUUGGCUUGAAGGUAAUUUGUCUUUACCAUCGGGUAUUAUUCAACUUAGUAAAGAGCCAGAACAUGACAUUCAACCAGGGACAAGCAACAUUAAAAGGGGUAGGCCAAAAAUACAUUUUAAAGAAGCUUCUCAAAAAACAAAAAUUCGAAGGGUUGAAAGUUUAGUUUUGGAGCAUUCUGCAGAAGAACUGUGUUUUGCUGCUGAGAGAUCCUUAAAAUUAAAUUGUGCACCUCAUCAAAAGACGAAAAAAAUUCUAAAUAGGCAAGAAACCCUAGCGUUGGUUUACGAUUUAAACCUAUCUGUUAAAAAGUAUAAUGUUCUGCGCUCUGUUGUUAAUGCUCUGCACAAAAAUUGUUUUCCAAGUUAUCGAGCGCUGUUAGAAAAGAAAAAUGAAUAUAUGCCCUCCAAAAUCACAGUUACUGAAAUUUCAGCUGAAGUAGACCUUCAGGAACUUCUUCAGAAAAAAGUAGAUAGUAUUUUAAAAUUACCAGAUUUAAACAGUAAUUUCUUUUGUAAUCAGAUAAAGCUUUAG